AUGGUAGGGGGCCGCACGCCAGAGGAGCAUCUACGGAAACUCUACUGUGUUCUCACUCGCCGGCAGGAGUUUGGGUUCACCGUGCGCAUUGAAAAAUGCAGCUUUAACAUGCGUCAAGUUAAAUAUCUUGGUCAGAUCCUCGAAGGAGAUGGCAUUAGACCAGACCCGGAAAAGGUGGCUGCAAUCGUCAACAUGUCACCCCCGCACGACAUGUCUACACUUCGAUCGUACUUGGGUGCGAUUAAUUAUUAUGGCAAAUACGUCAGGGAGAUGCGUAUUCUGCGGCAGCCCAUGGAUCAGCUGCUCAAAACAGGCACCAAAUUCGAAUGGUCGUCUGCAUGCCAAAAAUCAUUCGAUCGUUUCCGGGAGCUUCUUCAGUCGCCGUUGCUACUGACACACUACAACCCUGCUAUGGAUAUCGUUGUGUCGGCGGAUGCGUCAACGGUUGGGUUGGGAGCCCGCAUCGCACACAGAUUCCCCGAUGGGACCGUUAAAGCCAUCUACCACAAUGCUGUUUGGUCGUCGCUUCACAUUGGAGACCGACCACAAACCACUUCUACAGAUAUUUGGCUCGAAGAAGGGCAUUCCCACCGGCUUCAGCGGUGGGCCCUUACCCUUCUCCUCUACGACUUCGAGAUCUGCUAUAUUGCCACGGACAGCUUUGGACGCGCUGACGUACUCUCCAGACUUAUCAACCGUCACGUGCGACCAGAGGAGGAGUACGUGAUCGCCAAUCUCGAACUGGAGGAUAGCGUUCGCACCGUUAUUAAUGAGUCGCUACAAGUUUUUCCGCUCUCGUUCAAAGCCAUUCAGAGUGAAACCAAAGGCGACGUAAAUCUACAGCAAGUCAUUCGAAGAACGAAGAACAGCAUAACCGAUCCCGGAAUUCAACAAUUCUACCAACGUCGAGAAAGUCUUUCCGUCGUAGCAGGAUGCCUCCUUUACAGCGAAAGGGUGGUCAUUCCGCCAUCGUUCAGAAAACGUGUUCUCCAACAGCUGCACAAGGGGCACCCCGGAAUUGAACGAAUGCGUUCCGUUGCUCGUCAACAUGUAUACUGGCCAAACAUCGAUGACGACGUGGCAAAGCUUGUCGCGAAACCGUGGCAGCGCCUACAUCUAGACUACGCAGGUCCGCUAGAUGGGAACUUUUUUCUCAUUCUGGUGGAUUCGUAUACAAAAUGGCCUGAGGUGGUGCAAACCAAGGAGAUUACCACCACAGCAACUUUGCGAAUCCUACGUGGCAUCUUCGCGAGGUACGGUCAGCCCGAAACACUGGUUACUGACAAUGGGACGCAGCUCACCAGUGACCGCUUCGAAUCGUACUGCGACAAAAAUGGUAUCGUUCAUCUGAAAACAGCGCCUUUUCAUCCGCAAUCAAAUGGAUUAGCUGAGAGGUUUGUCGACACGUUUAAGCGUUCGCUUAAGAAAAUCAUCGCAGGAGGGGAAACCCUCGACGAAGCCAUGGACACCUUUCUUCUGUGCUACAGAACCACACCCUGUCGCAGCGCACCUGGUGGGAAAUCUCCCGCUGACCUGAUGUAUGGACGACCUAUCCGUACGUCCUUGGAGCUACUUCGCCCGCCUACGCCGUACCACAAGUUGCCGAGUACUGCUCAGGAAAAGCAAUUUAACCGGAAGCACGGAGCAAAAGCUCAGUGUUACAAUCAACAAGAUCACAUCUGGGCUAAGGUUUAUGCAGCAAAUAAGUGGACCUGGCAACUUGCUAUAGUGAUCGAGCGCAUCGGUCGGGUGAUGUAUAACAUCUGGCUACCAUCAAAGCAGAAUCUUAUCCGAUCCCACUGCAACUAA